UUGGAAAAUUCUAAAAGUCUCUACAGUAUCCCACUUUCACUCGGGAUUUCUAAACACCAAAACAAGUUGGACGGCAUCACGAACGAUCGAAUUCGGUAGAAAACAUGCGACAAACAAGAAAUUGGUGGAAAGGGAUGUUUGGUUUUGUGGGUCAUGUUAAGUAGGUCAUAGAAAGCAGCAAAAGUGGUUCGCUGGUUAACAUCCUCCAGAGCUCUCCAGCAGAGUAACGAAACAAAAAUUUCAUAUUUAUACGAUUGGAUAACUUGUUUCGUAGGCACUAGUUGUAUAUUAAAUUUUUUUGUGAGGGCACACUGAGAAUUCACAGCAGUAACACAACCUUCUACCCAAUACAAGAUCAAUGUUUGUAGCUUAACUGAAAAGUUCAAAUUGCUAUCUGAUGAUGCCAAAGAAAAGAAUUUUCAAAACUGGAGUAGCUUUAAUAGGUGCUUCAUUGGGUGCCUAUUACAACAAGGAGAUCCAAGAUUGCUCAAUUGGUGUUUUUCGAUUUGCCAAAACAGCUACAACGGUGGCUGAAAUAUUGAUAGAUUACAAAAAUACAAUCUAUUCGAAAACAAUAGACAUCUCCUCUAAAGAAUAUCCCAAAAUCAGAAGUGAUGUUCAUCUCAGGUCAGCACAACGAUUGCUCAAAUUGUGUGAGAAACAUGGAGGAGCAUUCAUCAAAGUAGGCCAGCAUCUUGGGGCUCUUGAUUAUUUGAUUCCAGCUGAAUAUGUCAGCACAAUGAAGGUCCUUCACAGUCAAGCACCUCAAUCUACUUAUGAUGAAGUUUUAAAAGUGAUUAAAGAGGACCUUAAAUGUGAUCCCACAUCAGUUUUCCGAACCAUUGAGAAAAUUCCGCUUGGUACAGCUUCACUUGCUCAGGUCCAUAAAGCUGAGUUGAAUGACGGAACAGUGGUGGCUGUUAAAGUGCAGCAUCCUUUAGUCAAAAGUUAUUCCACAAUUGAUAUUAAAUCUAUGGAGAUCUUGGUGGAUUUUGCAUCUUGGGUCUUCCCCGAUUUGAAACUUGAUUGGCUAGUUAGGGAAACCAAGAAAACCCUACCUUUUGAAUUAAAUUUCCUGCUGGAAGGGAAAAAUUCCGAAAAAACUGCAGCACUGAUGAAGCACCUACCGUGGCUCAAUAUACCAAAAGUAUUUUGGGAUUAUUCUACAUCAAGAGUUUUAACCAUGGAAUAUUGCGGGGGUUACGAAAUUGCUGCUUUGGGACAAGGAAAACGAGCGGAAUUUGAACCCUUUAAAAAAGAAAUUUCCCAGAAAAUCACGCAAAUGUAUUCGGAUAUGAUUUUCCUUCACGGGUAUGUUCAUUGUGAUCCACAUCACGGAAACCUGAAGAUCGAACUAACCGAUAAAAAACAGAUUGUAAUUCAUUUACUGGAUCAUGGACUUUACGCACAAUUGCCGCUUGAGUUCAGGGAGAAUUAUGCCAAGUUUUGGAUGUCGAUCAUUCAUGCUAAUGUCCAAGAAAUGCAAGAACAUUCGGAGAAGCUGGGCGUUAAAGAAUUGUAUUCCUAUUUUGCAUGCAUGGUUGCGGGUCGUUCCAUGACCUCAGUUUUGGGAGGAAAAGUUAAAAAAACGAAAACAAGCGAAGAAGAAAAGCAAAUAAAAAUUGAUGCCUCUGUAUAUUUGAAUGAAAUUAUGGAAGUGCUUCACCAAGUGCCUAGCGAAAUGCUUUUUAUUCUCAAGACGAAUGACUUGCUCCGGGGUCUAAAUAGUACUCUUGGCGUCAACGACAACAUAACCAGUUUUGCAACCAUGUCAAGAUCCUGUGCUAAUGCCAACUUCAUCAAAGAAUACCAGCAGUGCAAGUCUCUUCCACACAAAUUGCGUGUCGUCCUGUCUCAUUACGUCGCUUACUUUAAAAUUACUACUUACGAGAUCUUAUUGUGGUGGACUUCAUUGUUAAAUCUAUAUUAGCCUUGGGAUAUAUUUUUUAAAAUUCAAUAUAAUCCAUGUUGCUAUC